UGCGUUCAAUUUUCCGUAUUGGUUUCGGUUUCAGUUCGCUUGUGGACGUGCGUGCGGCAAGAACCUGCUGGAAAAGCCUCGGAUCGGACCUGGUUAAUGGUUAAUGGCCAAUGGUCACUGGUUAGUGUGGCACCAAUCGAACGGCUAUCGCCCGGAUGGGCAAACGGAUAGACGGAAGGAUCUGUGGAAUGCUGAGAAUGUGCCAAUAUGUUAGUGCCGUGUCUGAGUUAGAGUGGGAGUGUGAGUGAGUGGGUGUGAGACAGGGUCCUUGGAAGGACUAACAGGUUCCCCGUCUUUUCAAGUGUUAAAGUGCGGCCAAAAGUAUUUCCGAAAGAAUACGAUAAAAAGUCACAAAUCUGCUGUCGCCUCCGAUUUAAGUCGAAAGUUUGCCUUAAGGAUUAAAAAAACGGACACAGACUUGUUAUAGUCAAAGGACGAACGAGACGCCGAGGGCCAAAAGUGAAAAAGAAGGUUGGCAGGAGAAGAGAUGCAGAGCUAAAACCAUAAACCCAAAGCCACUAAAUGCGAGUGCAGAGCCAACUCAGCUGCGAGUGCUGAGGAAACAAGGACCAAGAGCAGGAGGAAGUGCGUCCUGCGCCCAAGUCUAAUUAGAAAGAAAGAUUGCUCAUACGCCGCGUGGAACGAGAGUGCCAGAGUGUCCGAAUAUAUAUGUGGAUAGUAUCUACUGGAUACAUAUGUGUGCGGCAGCUUUUGGUCAAAUUUAAAGGUUACAACCCGUGAAAGCCAAUCAAAGGGGGUGUCGAAGUUUUUGUUCGAUUUGCUGGCGGGCCAUCAGAGAAUUAGUUUGGCAUGCGGCUGCUGUUGCCACAACUGUUGCAUGCAACAUGGAUGGCGAAAAUCGGAUUAUACUCAAUGUGGGCGGAAUAAGAUAUGAAACCUACAAGGCCACGCUCAAGAAAAUCCCCGCAACACGUCUCUCCCGACUGACCGAAGCCCUGGCCAACUACGAUCCGGUACUCAAUGAAUACUUUUUCGAUCGGCAUCCCGGGGUCUUCACCCAAAUCCUCAACUAUUACAGAACUGGAAAACUGCACUAUCCAACCGACGUGUGUGGACCGCUCUUCGAGGAGGAGCUGGAAUUCUGGGGACUGGACUCUAACCAGGUAGAACCUUGCUGUUGGUCAACCUAUAGCAUACAUCGCGAUACGCAAAACACCUUAGCCAUAUUAGAUAAGCUAGAUAUUGAAAAUGAGAAGCCCACGGAGGAGCAGAUAGCUCGUCUAUUUGGCUUUGAGGAGGCACUGAGCAACGGCGAGCUUAACUGCUGGCAACGUAUAAAACCCAAGAUCUGGGCCAUGUUUGAUGAGCCCUCCAGCUCUACGGGUGCCAAGAUCGUUGCUGGCAUGUCGGUUUUCUUUAUAUUUGUUUCUGUGAUAUCAUUCUGCCUGAAGACCCACCCCGGCUUCCGCGUGGACCUGCCCUCUUCCCCCGACGAUGGAACAGGGGCGGGCGGACCUCCACACGGACACGAUCCCUUGGGCGAACCGCCGCAGACCCAUCAGUACCAUCAGCACAGCAUCACGCCGCCCAGCGGCAGCAUCGGACCCACCUUUCGUGUCACGAACUACACGAGCUACAGCAGCGGCAACUUUACCGCUCCCGGCCAGGCCACGCCCAUUGCCACCAUCAAGGGCGGCCAGCGGCAGCGACUGAAACGGAAUAUCAACGGGAGCAGUCUGAACGAGUUCAUCGAGCAGAAGAUACUGGGACAAAACGGGAGGAGAAAGCACGGAUGGAUCGAGACCUACGGCCAGCCCCACGAGGCCUUCUUCUACGUGGAGCUGGUGUGCAACGUCUGGUUCUUCAUCGAAGUCCUCAUCAGGCUGAUAGUCUCCCCCAAUUUGUGGCAGUUCAUCAAGUCGCCGGUUAAUAUCAUUGACUUUACGGCCACUUUGAGCUUCUAUACGGACGUGAUGCAGCGCAUGGGGGAAUAUACGGGUCUCCUGGAGGCCUUCUCCAUCGUGCGGAUAAUGCGGCUGUUUAAGCUGACACGCCAUUCACCGGGCUUAAGGAUCCUCAUCCAUACGUUCAAGGCCUCGGCCAAGGAGCUCACUCUGCUGGUAUUCUUCCUUGUCCUGGGCAUUGUUUUCUUCGCCAGUCUGGCUUACUAUGCGGAGAAGUUGCAGGACAAUCCGGACAACCAGUUUAAGAGCAUUCCCUUGGGACUGUGGUGGGCGAUUGUGACCAUGACCACCGUGGGAUACGGCGAUGUGGCGCCCAAGACCUAUCCGGGCAUGUUCGUGGGCGCUCUGUGUGCUCUGGCCGGAGUGCUGACCAUCGCCCUGCCCGUUCCGGUCAUCGUCAGUAACUUCUCCAUGUUCUACUCCCACACUCAGGCUCGCUCCAAGCUGCCCAAGAAGCGACGACGUGUCCUGCCCGUGGAGCAGCCGCGUCGCAAGAGGGAGCCAACUGCUCCGCACCGCGGAAGGACGAAUGCCAUUAAACAGACGGCGCCCACUGGGCCGGGAUUGGUGGCCGGGGGCGUGGGUCCAGCGGGAGCAGGGGGGCCGGGUCUCGGUGGCCACGCAGUGGGUCACCCCGCCCAUGCCGGGACGCCCAUGUUCAAGGAUGCAUUUGGCGGUGCCAAAAUCGGCACCGUGAACGUGAACGGCGUCAAUGUCAUUGGCCUGCAUCCUGCGCAAAGGACGACGACGACGACCAUGGCGAGUGCGGCUGAUCCGACGCCCAUGUCGGCAAUGACCUACCAAGUGCCUAUGCUCCAGCCACCGCCCGCCCACCACAGCCAUGGCCACGCCCAUGCCCAUGCCCACGCCCACGCCCACGCCCAUGGCCUUGGCCCCGCUUCGUCGGCGGCGGCGGCGAUGACGUCACCGGCAUCGCUCACUGGCUCAGCCGCUUCGGCAGCCGUUGCCACAGCCGCCGCAGCCGCCCCCGCCGGUCCCUCCUUCAUCAGUUCGGACUACUUGAGCGUGCCGGCGGUGCAGAGCCUUCAGCCGCGGGCGGCGACGACUGGCCACGACUUCAUGCUGCCGCUCCAGCCGAAACUUCUGGGCCCCCUGGAACGCAAGGAUCAGCAUCCGCUGCAGCUGACCGCCCACAAUUUGGCCUCCGAUACGCACCAGCUGAUGUACUCGGGCCACGCCCAUCCCCACGCCCACAAGGGGGCGGCGCCUGGGGGCGGUGGGCCGGCUGUGCUGAGUGUACCGCCCACAUUGAGUAUGUCGCACACACAGAUGCCACCCGGAAUGGCCAGCAUGGGUCAGCGAACCCCCAAUCUGAGUUUCCGGGCGGCUCACGGAGUGGGUUCCUCCCAGGUGGCCACCAUUCAGCAGCCCAUCCCGCACGCCCACGCCUGCCACGCCUCCUCGAAUUGCAACAUCAAGAUUUCGGUUGCCUCCGCCGGAGUCUCGGUGGGAUGUCCGGAUGAGUUUCGGGCUCCCAAGGUGACGCUGCUGGACGAUCUCAGCGACGAGGUCAACUCCUCGACGGACGAGUGCGGGGACUGCUGCCUGGUGGAGGACAGCGAUACCUACGAGGGAGCGACCAUCAACAAUGGCCAGAGUGGCCAGGAGAACGGAACGGAUGCCAUUGGAAUGGAUAAUGGUCUUUUGGAUAACGAUGAGGAGGAUGAGGAUGACGAGGACGGUGAGGGCAGUGGUGUGGGCGGGGACGAAAGUCUCGGUGGGAUCUACAUAGGUCCACGGCAUUGAUUGCCAGACAUAAACUGGGAUUUUCCCCGCUAAAACGGACUUACCAACUUCUCAAAAGUACUGCCCAAAACUGCAACUCGGUGAAAGUUUAAAAAGAGGUUACAAUCUAUAAGAAACCAAGUGUAUGUGUAAUGUGAACAAGUCGUUAGGUGUUAUGUGCCACUCUAAACGCGAUGCUGAAUGCAACUUUAUCUGGUUAAGAAAGCGCACAAAGUCUUAGGAGUUGCAAAACCAAGGUCAAUCAUACUCAAACUUUUGCCCAGUUCUAAGGUGAAUUUAAAAUAGGAGAAUGUCUUAAUAACUUCUCAAUGUUCAGCAAAUGCUUUAAAUAUAAGUUUUAAAUUUUACCAACUUUUAAAAAUCUAUAAAACAUUUAUGGUCUAUCGGAGACUUAGCUAAGUGUUCCUAAACUUCCACUAAAUAGAUGCUCUAAAAACCGUUGUGUGCUCAAUGGAUAAACAUAAACAGUGAUUUUAAUGUUUUCGAGAUCAUAAAGCUGCCUUGCCAGAGUGGUUAUUUAAUAGUUUCCGAAGAACUUACUAGAUAGUGCUUAAAAAAAAUAGUAAGUCCCUGGAUCACUGCCUCUUCGUCUGUAUACUUUCCAAAUUCAAACUUAAAAGCAUUGCGGUAGCGUUUCCAUUAAUUUUAAGACGGGACAUUUAACGUUUCCCAACCAUUUAUCAGCAGUUUUAAUCAAUCUUUGCACUCCACUCACGGCCGGCGACAAACAGCAUUUCUUGUCUGGCCAAGACAAACAUCCGUAACAUUUGUAUCAGUGUCCUUAUAACUCUCAUGUUGACAACUGUCAUUGGCAGCGUGCAUGUGGGAUUGUUUGCCUGUGUGGGUGGCCGAGCACGUCCUGGCCAAGUCCUGCAAACAAGGAGUGGUGGUCAAAUAGGAAGCUGCCCGCAUACAAGGCAAACAUAUCGUCCAUAUAAAUGUGACCACUUGUGUGCAGCCAGCCAGCGAUACGAGUAUAUGUAUGUGUGUAAAGGACCUCCCCCACUUUCCGGCACGUCAAGGUGUUUAUUGUGCAAAUCUUCGGGACAAAAAUUGCAUGGCCAACUAUAAAUUCCCACACUUGACUCGCACGCUCCGUUUCCCGGAUCACAGACCCUGAAUCAUGGCCAAAAGUGUCACAGGGCUGGCUUGUUUAUCUGACACAUUGACUGCCACCAUUUCAAUGAACUGGCUAGCAAAAACUGUGUCGACAAGGGGCACACAAAGGGCCAAGACAGCCAAAAACUAAAACGGCGACGACAUUCGUGUCCUUGGAGUCCUUGAUGUCCCCCCACCAUACCCCACUUCCAUUUCCACUUCCACAAUUCCUUUUCGAUGGCGGUUUGUGUGGUUGACCUUGUAAAUAGUAUCUCUUGGGGUCGCUGUGUUGGGUUUUCAUUCUUCGACAUUUAUACCCAUAAAUGUUAAUUGAUUUAUUCAUAGAAGCUGGAUGAAAGCGCAAAGCUAAACGCAUGGAACUGUAAAUAUUUGAGUGACGGUCAAGGACUAACCGAAAGAAAAUGAAACUGAACAUGAAAACAAAAAGAAGACAGUAGAAAACAUAUUUGACUUUACAUAAGGUUCAAUGGUAAUUUUUGGUCCAAUAUUUAUAGUUUUUGAUGUGCUAAAAACGAUUAACAAAAAGACGAACAAUUUUGAUUCCAAUUCUUGUGUAAGGAAGAGUUUAAAAAGUCGACCGCUUUUUAAACCAAAGCUCGUUGUAAGUGUAUGUGGAAAUUAGUUGGACGUAUAGAUUUAAAUAGGUAUCACGCCCAAGCAAUGAUGUGAGGGAAGUGAUUCCAAUUAGUCAGUAUAAUCAAAUCAGUUGGUCUGAAUGUGCGUCGUUCUAAAUUUACUCUUUAUUACUAAUCUCUGAUUAAAAUGUUAAAUAAUUGCCUAAUUGUUGUGUAAGGAUAUUCCUCGUUUCGGCUUGCCGACUGCACUCCUUUUUUCUCGUUCAAAUAUAGAUUCCUUACUUUAAAAUGUACAAGGAAAAUGUUGCUUUUAAAACUCUUCAAUUUAAAACAAAAACACACACAGUUUUCCUAUAUUACCAAGAAAUUCAAAAUUAGGAAAAAUCUGAAAAGAAUAUAAAUAUUUAUUGUUAAUUCGUAAACAAACUUUUUAACUAAAGUUAAAUUUAAAUAAUUUUACAUAAUCUUAAAAGAAAACGGAAAUGAGUCUUUUGAUAUAAGAGAUGCUGCAGCGAACCAGUGCUAAUUGAAAUAAACAUUGUUUCAAUAGGAAUAUAGUUAGUUUAAAAAACACAAGUGAGAUACUAAACUAAUAUUAAACUUUUGCCUAGCAAAUAACUAAGUUUAGUCUGGUCGAUGCAGAAAAAAUCCAUUGCAUACAGAAAUCAAUUCAAAAAAUAAAUCCUUUUGAAAGAAAUCACCCACCACAGACAGGAAGCGAAAACCCGGCUGAACGUAAAUUACGAGAAUUUUGCAAGUAUAAUUCUGUGUGUACAUAGGUAAUCUCAAGAACAACUGAAAAUUCAUAAGUUAAAUGUCGAGAGUGGAAAAACAUUUCUACAAUAUUUAUUGUAAGUAAAGUGUCAUGAACAGGAGUACAUAAAACCAAAACUGUUUACAAACAAAGCGAAUUUUUAAAUGUUGAAAAAAAUGAGAUCCGAAAAAGUAAAUAAUAAAUAAAAAACAAAAUGUGG